AUGGUGCUGCUCAUUAUCAUCGACACCAUCUUGCUCUACUUCUGGCUCACGUCCACACGUACGAAGUUCCACAAGACGGUUACGAAAACCGUGAACAGCGCGCGACGGCUGUUGGUGCCGGGCCUCUACCUGGAAGACGGCGAGGACUCCUACCUUCUCCUGGAAGAAAUCUCACCCAAAGAUUUGAUCCUCAGAGGCUGGCAGCGUCGGCAACACAUGUGCAACACCGUAGGCUGCCUCUGGCUUCGAGACUACAUCCGUUCCCGAGAUAGCGGCUCGAGCCAUAUCCAAAGCCAGAUGCGCAGCCCACCGCACCCCUGCGACGACUUUCACGAGCACGUCUGCGGCUCCCGGCAACAGUCGAUCUACGAAGAUGGCGUCGCCCGCCUUAUGGACGCCGUGAAGACGCGGCUCCUCGCUGCACUCAGAGAAACUGUCGGAAACGGAAGUGAAGUUCCGAAGGGUGCUUCCGAACGGAAACGGGCGGAGAGAGACGCGAUGCUCCUGCAGCGAUGUUUAGAUGGAGCCACAGUCAUCACUGAAGACGACAUUACACGCGCCUGCGGAAGCAUCCAGAGCGUGGUUUGUCCGAACUCAGUUCCAGAAGGGCCGCUGCGCAUAUCAGAGGACUUCUUCCAGAACAACCCCAACGCCAGCGUCCAUGACUACGCUGCUUUUGUGAAAAGCUUUGCAGGCGACCUGAACUGGAAGAAGCACCCGCUAAGGCGCGCGGCGAAGGCAUCGUCCAAGUCAUCUUCUGCCGGGUGGCUAUCGAGAUUAUGCCGCUGGGUAGCGAUGUCCGCGCGUUGCCACCUGGCGAGGCGUCACAAACGGUCAACCCGGCGUCCAGAAGCCGAGGCCCUUUACGAGCAGCUCUGGAAGGUCCUCUACUUCGCGCCACUCAUGGGGAAUAAGGCUCGGCCGUUAGUAGAGCAUGCGCAAAAGAGGCUUUCCCCAAGGCCUCAGGUCAGGGCCUGCCUGCGGUUUCUCGAGGACGUGUCCAGCAAGAGGACGGCCGAAACCGCCAGGGCGGCGCUAUCGGAUGCCGUGGACAGCCUGGACGACACGAUGACUCAUUUCGUCUGGGAGGCCGGCCAGGUCAUGCGAGCGCUGGUUCCGGCGUGGCUCGCCAAUCCUGGACCCAACGUCACUGGGUCGAUUGUCGAAGAGGAAUCGGAGGAGCUGCGCGCAGACGGUGAGCGCGCCUCUCAGCGACUCGGAGCCAUCGAGGUCCGCCUACUGCAACACGACGACGCCCACACGACGUCGCCGUCCAACGAUAGCGCCUACGCCUGGCAGGCACGUAUCCCCACACCAUAAAGCUGUAUAUAUGUAACAAUUUUAGAACAGCGCAAGCACUUUUGUGGGACGUUUUCUGGGACGCGUCCAUUCAAGACAUUU